AGGGGAGCAGUUGGGGCAGGGGACCCGACUGGUGGAGCCUGCUGGUGCACCAGCUGAGAGCUGCAGGACCAAAGGGCCAGGGGCCACAUGCACCUACACUCCUGCCAGUUGAGGACCGAGUCCCCCAGCACUGGCCUCAGGGGCUUCCACGCUCCCAGCCAGUGUCUGUCGCUUCUGGAACAACAGGCCUCAGAAGGUAGCAGGCUGCUCAGUCUGCAGGGGGGUGGGGACCCCAUGAGGGCAGCUGACCAGCCCAGGCAUGCUGGGCGCAUUGCUGACUCGCUGCAACUUGAGGAGGCUCUGGAGCCUGGGGAUUCGUGCCGUAGGCCAUUGCCACUUGGCCCAAGGACAAGCCAUCCUGUGUAUGGCCUGUGCCGCCUGCUGGGGACCUUGUGGCCCCAAGGAGCCUGCAGGGUACAGGACGCUGUUUGUCCUCUGCGGGGUGGGCAGUUCUUAGCCGGAUUCCUUACAGCUUGCCUUGCGACUUGGCACACAGCAAUAACCAGCCCCUCGCCUUAAACCUCACUGCACAGUUCCCCAGGUGCUGUGUUGCCACUUUAUUUGGUUCUUUCAAACUCCCAAUCCCUCCUGCCCCCACCCUGGGGUUAAUGAAAAAGGGAUCCCCACUUUGCUGGGUAGCUGGGAAACUUGAGGGCAUGCUUGCCCAGGGCUGCGAGACUGGUUACCGGAUGCCUGUAACCAGAACUCAGCCCAGCUGCCCUCCGAGACUGUGAGUUGGGAAUACAGCAUGAGAGGCGCAGGCAGUGACACCGUCAGGACACCUGUGUCUGUGCUCAAGGUCGGCUGUGGCUCCUCGCUUCAGCCUCCUUGUGACUGCUGUCCGGGAGGCAGCAGGUGGUGGGCCGAGCUGGGCACAGGGAGGCAGGGAUUGAGGGCUGCCUCCUCGCUCAUGCUCAUUCGCUCUCUCCUUCCGUCCCUGUCUCUCAAGCCAAAAUUGAGAGUUGGCCCGUUCUGGACACGGGUCCAACUCGGUGCACAGCCUCUGGGCCAGGUCGGUUUGCUGUGGGCCUGCUUUCUGCCCCUUGGCAGCCAGUUUUCUGUCACUGCAGCAAUUUUCCUUUUGCUUGAAAGGCCCUGCGGGUGGAACAGAGGCACAGCAAACACUUUCUAUUUCCAAGUCUGUCUCAGUUGCCCAUUCUCUUACGCGACAUUCCCACAGCUCACGCCACCCCGGCCGUUCACGGUGGCAAACCCAGUCAGGAGUAACAGGACGGAGCACGGGCGGGGUGUCUGUGAAAGGCUGUUGAGAGUGUGGGCAUCGUUCAAGUUUUCCGUCAUGCGAGACCCACUAGUGGUGCGUGGGUAUCCCGUCCCCUGCCUCUUUCUGCCUGACGCUUGUCUUACUGUGUUACUGAGGACAAAGACGGGUGCUGGUGACCUUGAGCUCUGCAGCCCACAGCUCUGGUUCCCACCCCCAAGUACACGGAUGAGGAGGUGGGCCGGGUCGGUGGUGGGUGGGUCAGUGGCCACACCUGCUGUGAGGUGGGCUGCACUGCACGGGCACUUUGCCCUUUUUCUCCCACUGACAGGUAGGGAUGUAACUCCUGGGUCCCUGGCCCGCUGUGGUGCCAGGGUAAGGCCCUCCAGCGGCCUUAAUGUCUUCACAUCCCUCACUCCAGUUCUGACCACCUGUCAGUCAGGAGCCCCUUCUCUGUAACUCUGCCUUUUGAAUAAAUAAUUUCAUCUUUUAAAAAAAUCACAAGCCCCAGGGACCCAGAAUUUGCAACAGAGGCACGUGUUAGGAUGUGUAAGUUGUGUAAGGGUUGAGUAGACCGUAUGCCAGUGUUCUAGCAGACAGUUCCCCAAGGAUGGCCCUGGGGAACUCCAUGGUGGCCCUGGCAGAGUGUGGGAAGUGCUGGGGGGCCAGGUUUGGACUGGCAGCAGCUGGAUGGAGGGCUGGAGGGCUGGCCCCAUCCCUCUGGACUGCAUAGGGAGUCAGCUGCCACACACAUGGGACACAGAGGAGAGAAGAGACACUUUGCCCGAGACCCACCAGCUGGAGUGGAGAGAGGGCCAGGACAGACAGGAGGGCUUGGGCCCAACCCUGAAGAUAGGCCUUGCCGGCCCGAACUGGCCCUAACACUGCCAUGUCCAGUGUCACCUGUGCAAAUCCUUGGCCCAGCCCACUGUUUACAGUCCCUUAACCCAGCAGCUUCCAAAACGUGGUCAGGAUGCUGACCCGCUCAGGGCUCUGUGUGACAAAGCCUGCUGCUAACAGUACCGACACGCUUGCCUCUUUGCCCCUUGUCUCCUGAGGGCACAGGGCAACUCCCCAGGGCGGCGUGUCACCGAGCCAGCUAAUGUGCGCAUCCUGCUUUCUGCACGUGUUUUCACCUUGCUAGGUUGGAAUGGCCCUGGCAUCCUCCACAUAGCUCAUGGGGAUCGUGCCCACAGUGUGCAACAAGUCACUGCUAGGCUCGGCUGGCACUGGGGAGUGCGUGGGCACAAAAGAGCUGCCUCAGGGCCCCUGCUCACCCAGCAGUUCUGUGGGGUGGAGCCGCUUCCUGGUCUGAACCGUGGGAACCUUCUUCCCCCGGGCCUGAGAAGCAGCACAGCAAAAGUUUAAGUCAGCUAUGAAGAGCAGAGCUCUUGAACGCCUGUAACCCUUAAAAAAAUAAAUAAAGUAGGUGAUCAUCCUGGAGUGGCUUUCCUAAUCCCCAGGGGGAAAAGGAACCUCCCCAGAGCACCCAGUGCAGCACCCUUGACCACCCAUGCCUGGUCUGGCAGCCUGAUAUUGCAUGCUCCUGUGUGCCAUCACACCUGAAUUCAGUCACACAGAACAGUCCAGAGCAGGCCUGGAUUCUUCACCAAGAAACACCACCAAUAAGUAACAGCAAGGCCUAGUUUCAAGGAGAGGAACGGAGCCAGGAGUGCCGACGGGGUCCUCAGAUCCCACACGGCAGAGACACUGUUUCAGAGCAGUGUAGAGUCCUCGUUAGGGUGAUUGGGAAACACUGACGGUGAUAAUACUGGGCUGUAAUAAUACUGCAUCAGCGGGCUGUUUAGAGCCCUUACUUCACAGGAACAUGUGCUGGUCCCCCUGGGAUUAGAGCUCAGUGGGUAACUGGGUGGCAAGGGUGCACAUGGAGGAGGUUUGUGCGUUGGAAGCUUUCCAGAGUGGGCAGCUGGAGAGGAGAGCCAUGUCACAACAGCAUGAGAAAGUGGACGUGGACUGCUCUGCCUUGCCGAGGGCAGGACGUCCACUGCAGGGCGAGACACAAGGACUGGGGGCAAGCCCAGGCAUCUCCUACUCUGCGCGGGACACUGGGCAGGUCACUAGCCUAAUCAGCUCCAGCAAGCCUGUGGCUCCAGGUCUAUGUGUCUCAGCCGCUGAGUGGGGACUUAGUGGGGCAGGCAUUGGCGACAAGUGGCCAGGCCUGGGCAAUGACAAGGCUGCUGAAGCUCUGCCUCCCACAGUUCAUUCCUCGCUCUCCCUGUGGUCGCACCCUGUGAUCCUUGGUAACAGUAAGCAGGCCCUCUUCGCUGCACACUUGGGAUGCAGUGCCUGCGACAGGGCUGUGCGGGCAUCUGUCCCUUCCCUUGGGGACGGAGGAUGGACCCUCCAGCGCACCGCACAGAUGGCAGUGGGCGGCUGUUGGAGAGCAGGGCCAGGCCCAGCGUGUCCUUCACUGAUGGUCAGGGAGUCAGUGAUGGGUGAGCAGGUGCACGCAAGGCGUGGAGGUUCUCCAUGGUGAGGUCCAGUGGGCUCUGCAUCCUCAGCCACACUGCCCAUGGACAGGGACACCCCACCAAGGCAGGGUCACAGCCUAGCCCUGCCGAAGGUGCUGUGGUCCCAGGUAUGUCUCCAAGCCAUGGUAAGGAACCUACUAUCUUGUUUUUCUCCUUGGAGGCCUGUAGGAAUACAGUAAUGCUGGCACCGUGCGUGGACACGCAGGCAACUUCACAGCAGCUCCACCUGCAGUCUGCCUGGCCAGUCUACUGUCCCUUCCAGCCAGCAGGACCAUGUGCAGUGGUGCCUGCUGGCUGGGGAUGGGCUUCGAUAAUCCACUCUUCCUUUGUAACUUCCUUUGUCUCACUUGAUCUCCUGCACAUUUAAGAGGUGGCUUGGAGCUCCCUGCUGGUGGCCUGGGAAUGCGGCCGAGGAUAGCCCAAGGCC